CAGUCCAUUUGUUUACCAACACGCCUCGAUCGAUGUACCGUGAGAACCGUUCGAUGCCCAACUCUUGAAUAAAAGUCACAUUAUGUCUUGCAUACUGAACUGAUUUUAUCAGUGAAUUAAAUAUUCAAUUUGAUGACUUUCUGUUAGUAAGAUGUCAACACCUCGACCCUUUUAUAAGCUGUCGCCGCCAGUUAAUAUUCUUCUUUGCUCAUAAAUUACAAGUAUAAUGUGACAGAUGUAUUUGUAGCAACUACAUUUAAGAGUGUUUAACCAGCGAUUGUACGAUAUGAAGCCCUCAGCUGUUAUUGUUUAUGUUAUCGCACUCGCGAUCAUCGUCGGGGGCGAGAUCAGGAUUCGAGGCAAAGUGAGAAAAAGGUACACUAUGUACAGGAGGCACCGGGCUAUCCAGUCACCAUGUAGCUUCAAUGAGACUAUUAUAGAUGAUGAAUGGUCUCUGAUGGAGGCUAUAGGGAAGUCUAAGUAUAUAUUUACUGGAAAAGUUCUAAAUGUAAAGAAAUACAAGUCUGAAGAAUUUGCAAGUAAAAGAUCGAAUUUAUACAGGGUUUAUAUGAGACGAGUGCUGAAAGGGGAUAUAAGUAAUUUAAGACAGUUUGUGAAGGUAGAUGGCGAUUCAGAAGGGACGUUAAGUGGUUCGACUUUUAUGUUGGAACGCCCUGAUGCGCCGGAGUCGUGUGCGCCAGCACCGCGGCCUCGACUUUCAGCCAUUUUUUUGAGUGACGGGGCGUACGUCGAUGUGGGAAGGGGACCUUCGCCAAGGCUGCGCCUGCUCACUGAUCCAGUGCCCUUGACUCUUUACCACCUGGAUAGAAUAAAUGCAGCAGUAAAAGAUUUACAUUAUCAACCAAGACCACCUGCUCCUGAAGAAGCAUGCGAAAAGACAUUCUGCCGAUGGGGGGCCGAGUGUGUAUCUCUUGGGGACGGACGAGCGCAUUGCGCGUGCCCCGUAAGCUGCACAAACUCGGCAGCCGCAGUAUGUUCCACCACAGGCCGCACUUACCGCAAUCAUUGCCAUUUACGGAAAGAAGCCUGUGAACGGCGACUCAACCUGCGUGUGAAGCAUGAAGGCGAAUGCGCCGGGGAUCCAUGCCUAAACGUGACAUGUUCUCCUGGUGGUCGAUGCGUGGCUUCCAAUGGUCAGGCGGAGUGCCGCUGCUUGAGGACUUGCCAAAGAAGAAAGCCCGUGUGUGGUACUGAUGGAAAGGAAUAUCCAUCAUUAUGCCAUCUAGAGAAAUAUACCUGCGAAAAUCAACUGAAUAUUACUGUCAAAUACCAUGGAAAGUGCGAUCCAUGUUCUGAACACGAAUGCGUCGACGGCGGGAUAUGCCAAUUGACUGAAGCUCGCCAGCCCGUAUGCCGAUGUGGUCCCCCCUGUGACUUAGUGGUGCGAGCGGGGUCAGCGGUCUGCGGUUCUGACUACAGGGACUAUCCAAGCGAAUGCUCACUGCGCCGCGAAUCAUGUAGGACACGACAACAGCUUACUAUUGUGUACAGAGGAGAAUGUGCAUCAGCUCAACACCCGUGUGAUUCCGUAAAAUGUGGUCUUCGCGAGCAAUGUUCUUUGGAUGCGCGAGGUGUAGCGGUGUGCGGAUGUGGUCCAGAGUGUGAGGCAAUCGUACGCCCAGUGUGUGGUUCUGAUGAUCACACCUACGACAGUCCCUGCUUCCUAGAAAGGGCUUCAUGCCUCGAGAACCGAGAUAUACGGGUGGCUUACGUGGGGCCAUGUGGUUUAGAAAAUCCAUGCGCGCGAGCUAUAUGUCCUUGGGGCGGAGCGUGUGUGUCACGUGGUGGCGCGGCGCAGUGCGCAUGUCCGGUUUGCGCGCCAACUCUUGCACCCAUCUGCGCGUCGGACUACAACACAUAUGGCAGUGAAUGUAAAAUGCGCAUGCAUGCGUGCCAAGAAGGCAUCAAAGAGGACGAACUACGAGUGCUGUACAAUGGGACUUGCCAGUCGUGUGUAGAUGUUGUAUGCCAAGGCGGUGGAGAUUGCGCUUUGGACCCAAUAACAGGACGGCCGGUCUGUCGCUGCAAUCAUAACUGCACUGAAGCACAGGAGUCGGAUGUAGUAUGCGGAACUGAUGGUCAAACAUACGCCUCCCAAUGUGAAUUGGACUCGACAGCGUGUCGUGAGCAGAGCGACUUACGGAUUGCGUACAAGGGCGAUUGUGCACUGUGUGAAGGGGUGCAGUGCACCUUUGGAGCACAUUGCGCAGCUGGGGAGUGUGUAUGUCCCACUGAUUGUACUGGAGCAGCUCGUGAGCCAGUUUGUGGAAGUACCAUGCAAACAUAUCCCAAUGAGUGUGAACUCCAAAAGACAGCCUGCAAAUUACCACCUCCAGCAUCACUCCAUGUCAUAUUUUAUGGAGAUUGUAAAGAUCGACUUGCAGUUGUUCCACCUAUCGCAAUGACUACGACCGCGAUGACCACUACCGAGGCUGAGGAAGGGUCGACGGAUUCAUUGGGAGCGACGGAACUCGGCGGUACAGCGAACCCAUUGGCAUGCCGCGAUAUUCGUUGCGACUUUGGCGCAAGCUGUGAAAUUGGCGGGGACGGGUACCCUCGGUGUUCCUGCCUCUUUGAAUGUCCACACGAAAUUGAAUAUUUCCCCGUCUGCGCCUCUGACUUUAGACUGUAUUCAAGUUUAUGCGCCAUGCGAAAAGAAGGAUGCCAAAAGCAGCUUGAACUCCGGUUGCGUCCAUUGGAGCUUUGUAAAGGUAUGGAAGUAAGGCCUUGCGGUAACAAUAAAGCAAUGGUGGAUACAACAACGGGUUUGGAAAUUGACUGUGGAAACGGACCCCAUCGGCAAGAUUGUCCAGUCGGCAGUUACUGCCAUAUUACUUUGACUGCAGCCAGGUGUUGCCCCAAAAAUGAUACAAAGCAAACAGAAGAGAAGAAAGCCCAUCAUUGUUCUGAAAGUACAUACGGUUGUUGUUCUGACGGUUCAACAAUAGCUACCGGUCCCAAUGAAGAGGGUUGUCCAAUUACAAGCUCCACUUGCGGGUGUAACAGACUUGGUUCUGUGUCAGAUCGGUGCGAUGAGAACGGGCAAUGUGCUUGUCGCCCUGGUGUUGGGGGGUUGAAAUGUGACCGUUGCGAGCCUGGCUACUGGGGUCUGCCACGAAUUGGAUCUGGACAUACGGGAUGUAUUCCAUGUGGCUGUUCCGCCUUCGGAUCUGUGAGAGAAGACUGUGAACAGAUGACAGGACGUUGUGUUUGUAGAAAUGGUGUUCAGGGACAGAAAUGUACUGUAUGCGCUGAUCAUCGCCGAAGAUUGGGACCCAAUGGAUGUUCUGACCCUGAAACUGGCGGCGUGGUAGCAUCAUGUGCGGAGCUGUCCUGUUACUUCGGAGCUGUGUGCACAGAACGCACCGGUGGAGCUCUAUGCGAGUGUGCCGCCGCGCCUUGUCCUGACAGCGAUACGAAUAUGUUGGUUUGCGGUAGCGACAGUAAAACUUAUGAAGAUAUAGAUAUAGUAGUGCAAGCUUUCGGGCCUUGUAAGCUGAGCGAAAUAGCUGGUACUGCCGGUCCCCCGAGGCCAUCGUCUCCAAUACAAUUCACCCAGCAAGAUGAUGGGGCAGCGUCCAAAUCGACGAGGCAUUUAUUGAACCCUGACAAAUAUUACAACAAAUAUGAUUGGACCAGGAAAGAAACGCCGAGUGACUUUGAUAGUGUGAUGUCUGGGCAGAAAUUUAAGGGUUCCCAAACGGCAACGACUGCUACUGUCGGCGCCGUAGGCGCGUUGCUUGGUGAUUUGUGCGCAGAUGAUGAUGAUUGUGCUGCGUUGCCUGGAGCACAGUGCGCGCACGGUGGAUGUGUCUGCAGACCUGGGUAUGCGCCCACUGUACACAGAAAGGCUUGUGUGGAGCAAAUAACGCAAGACACUACAGAGGAAUAUAGUGCAUGUUUAUCGGAGCCUUGUUACAAUCUCGGCACGUGCAUCGAUUUACCAGGCUCUACAUACACAUGUGUAUGCACUGGACCAUACACAGGACUGAAUUGCGAAUCUCUCACAAAAGAUGGGUUAUUAGGGUCAUACAUUGAAACUCCAUUCUUUGAUGGUUCAUCGUACAUACGUUUGAAACCUUUGAAGGCUUACCACAAAUUGAACAUCGAUAUAGAAUUCAAAGCAUUCUCAGAGAAUGGAAUCAUAUUGUAUAAUCAACAGAAGUCUGAUGGUACGGGCGAUUUUGUGUCUCUUGCUCUGGUCAACGGCUAUUUGGAAUUUAGGUACAAUCUUGGUAAUGGAGUAAUAGUUUUGACAUCUCUCGAAAAAAUAACACUGAAUGAGUACCAUAAGGUAUCAGCGAAACGAUAUCACCGUGACGGUAUUUUGUCCGUCGAUAACAUGGAAGACGUAGCAGGCCAGUCUACUGGACAUCUGAAAGCAUUAGAUCUAGCAGAAGAUGCUUACAUUGGCAGCGUACCUACUAAUUAUUCAAGGGUUUUCGAUAAUAUUGGCACUCGAAGUGGAUUUAUUGGAUGCGUGAAGUAUUUGAGAAUAAUACGUCAUCAAGUGACAAAGAAAUUGGGCCGUCCAGACUCAUUAGUAGUUUCUAUAGAAAAUGUCAGGGAGUGUCAAUCGAAUCCGUGUAUGAGUAUACCUUGCAAGAACGGCGCCACGUGUAGUUCAGUGGAUGGGUCGGCGACCGAAUACACUUGUAUCUGCCCUAUCGGAUUUCAAGGAGGCAAUUGUGACGAGAGAUUAGAUCCAUGCGACUCGAAUCCCUGCGGAUAUGAUGAGGGGCUAUUGUGUGAUAUAGGAUCAGAGGGCGGAUACGUGUGUAGAUGUUUGUUUGGUGGUGAAAUUGGUUCCAACGGAAAUACUUGUAAUAAUGAUGUAAACGUAGUACAAGAGACGUGGUCCCCUCAAUUUAACGGAACGAGCUACAUCGAAUUACCACCACUCGAGGGGUUAGGAAAGGCGUUCCGCAUCGAAAUCUGGUUUUUAACGAAUCGCUUCUCCGGGAUGCUCCUCUACACCGGACAGUCUAAUAAAGCCAAGGGGGAUUUCAUAGCGAUUAACUUAGUCAAUGGAUACCUACAGUUUAGGUACAACUUGGGAAGCGGAAUUGCUAAUAUCACUUCCUCGGUACCAAUAAUCAAAGGCCGGUGGCACCGUGCUCGGGUUGCACGCGCGGGUCGCCAUGGCAGUCUACAGCUGGACCAUUAUCCUACACAGAAAGGACAUUCGCCUUCUCCACUCACGCACUUGGAACUCACAUUACCACUGUUCAUUGGAUCUUUGCCGGCAUACAUCCGGCCCCAUAAAAUGUCAGGCGUGACGAGCAGUUUCAUAGGCGCAGUGCAACAGGUCUUUGUCAAUGGUAUACCAUUGUCCUUGUACAGUGGUGAGACUGCGAAAUGUGCAAUUAUUCAGGACGAAGAUAAGUUGCCUUGCGCCACCAGCGGUGUUACGAAAUAUACCGGGCCUCCUUGUGGCGAUGGUUUAACUCCAUGCAAGAACAAUGGGUCUUGCAUUCCACUUCUGAACGAAUACAAAUGUGUGUGCCCAGAAGGCUACGAAGGUAGAAACUGUGAGAUUCAGCUCAACGUGGCCAUGCUCAACGACCGAACGCCAAUUAUAUUCGACGGAAAUAAUUACUAUUCAUACAGGAGCAAAGGAAAUCGAAGGAUACGUGGCGGCCGCGGCGUUAGAUAUGAAAUUAAAUUUCGAACUUACAAUGAUUCCGGUCUCCUCAUGUGGAGACGGAAAAUUGGUAUACGACCUCGCGACUUCAUCGGUGUAGGUUUGAGCGAGGGUAAACUGCAGCUCAUAUAUACGGAUACGGAUGUGAAGGAAAUGAACUUUGCCACGCAAGACGAUUGGUUCCAGUGUAUAGAGUCAAAGACCCGAGUGGAUGAUGGUAUGUGGCAUACCGUUACAGUGAGAAGACGGAAAAGGCUUGCAAUGCUGCAAGUGGACGAAUUGCCGCCUGUCAGAGGGUACUCGCAGUCGCUGCUGGUACCUUCGAAAUCGAACCCUAAGUUAUGGAUUGGGGGAUCGCCAACGCUACCACUUGGCUUGCCCGCGGCGCUUUACACUGGCUUGCGUGGCUGCGUCGCAAGCAUAAAAGCGAACGGCCGACACAUCGAUCUCACUACACCUAUACGACCUACAACUACGAUUCGACAUUGCGACUGACAAACGCUAAUAAACAACAAUCAAAUGUGAUUCUACAACACAUCACUAAAAUGACGGGUAAUAUCGGAGCAGUGGCUAUGAGGAUAAAUCACACUCGGCAGACACUCUGUGAAAAAUCGACGCCAAUCUCGUGAGGCGAUCUAGGGAGCGAUUCAAGACGCUCCAGAGUAUCGCUCCAAUAUUGCUCAUGAGUUUAGUGUGUAGAUUGUAUAAGCCUGGUCACAGACAGUCAGUAUACUCUAAUGCGACUCUCGUUCAGAUUGGCGCAAUUUCGAUAAAGUCGGGUUGGAGCAACUAAAUGCGGCAAUCAAACGAGAAUCGUAUAGGGCAAUCGUUUGACGAACCGAAUAAUGUAUUACAACCUUAAAUCUGAAUCGCAAAGUGUCAAUUCUGAAGAAUUUAAUACAAAGGACUGUGAGAUAUGAAAAGUAUUAUAUUAUAGAUUUUGUGUUUAAUAGUGUUUUUUUAAAAGUACCUGUUAAUGUACCUACCGAUACAUAUCUGUUCCGUACUUCUGAUUUAUGCGAUAUUUUAUUAAAUGUCCCUUAAAGGGAUAAAUGCUUAAAAAAGAGGUAUUUAUGUAUUAACCAAAAGAAUAUGUUGCCAUACUAUAUUACGUGAUAGGUUUAGGUGUAAAGGCGCAUUUACUGAUUUAAUAAGGCGACUUAAGGUGGGUAUUCAUCGCCAUCGCCAAUAUUUCUCAACAAAUACAUAAAUGAAAUAUAACGCGUUCUGUUUUAAUAUUAUUACUGUAUAAAAGAUAUUAUUAUGAUAAAAUCGGUGCUCGGAUUACACAUCAGAGGUAUAAAAAUGAAAGUAUGUAUGUGCGAAAGUACUGAAUAAUAAUAAAAGACUCUUGAUAUUUUGUUGUUACUAGCAGAAAAUAUUAUAUUUAGAUUGUAGAUUAGUCUAUAAUAUAGAGAAAUCUUAUCGAAAAUGGCCGAAAAUGGGAGUGUAAUCGUAAGUUUUAUCAAUUCAGCGUUGAUGGGCUUUAAUAUUAACAUUCCAAUAAUGAUAUGAUUACUAGGGGCGUCUUGUUUUAUGAAUUUAAUUUCCUGAAAUGCAACGUCUGGGCAUAAAGUGAGAAUCAUUUUUAUUUUUCUUAUUUCAUUCAUUGCAUUCCUUAUUACGUUUAAAGCGCUUAAUUUAACUUAUUUUGUGUUAUUGCCAGUGCCAUAGUAAUGUAAAUACAGUCUAUUUAGUUGUAACAUAGUGUUAUCUCAGCAAUUAUAAUAAGUUUAAUUCUAUUAGAUUGAUGAGUUUGACGUCUUGUCAGUCUGACAUUCUGAUCCCUCCAUUGUAUUAAUCUAUCUUAAUUAUAUUAUUUAAUAUCUUCACGGUUACUAUUACAACUAUAAUUAUGUUAUUUUUAUUAUAAAAAUUCAUAAUGAGAAUAUUAUAUAAAUCAUGUAGGUGUUACAGCUCACGCGCUAUAGAAAAAUAAUAGGCUUUCUAAAUUAUAUUACAAUAGGUAGCUCUUUGGGGUUAAAAGAGUUCGUUAUAUGUAAUGUGAUACCAUUAUAUUAAAAUAAUAUAAAAAGUUUAAUUAUUACUUUUUAUACGUGAUUUAUAUUUUUUUAUUUAAUUAAAUAAAACCGAGUCGAGGUGCGAACACCCUGCGGAACUUUUAGAAAAAAAUAUGAAUGUACUAAAAACAGAAAAAUACUCCAGUAACCUUCUCCCUUCUUUUUGGAAUGAAGGUAUGCGCGCAGCACAAGUUUUUAUGACAAAAUGUUUAUCAGAUCACUACAAAGUUUAUAAUGUUAUAGAAAAAAGUUUAUGCUUUCUUACGAAGAUAACAUAUAUGAUGAUUUUGUUUAAACAUAGUACUUUAACUGUAUUGAAAUGAAGUGAUGAAAUAUUGUUGUUAUUCCCAUCUUGUAAUAUGUUUAUAUUGCAUUGUGUGAUUAUUAAUUUUUAUCUCAUUACUUUUUCUAUUAUUAUGAUUAUGCCUAAAAUUUUCUAGGGUUCUGUAUAAAUAUGUCAAGGCGGAACCCUUAUUACGAUACUUUAUUUUCCGUCCAUCAUUUAGUCUGUCCGCCAAUUUCUUUUUGGCAAACUCAAUUUUUGUGCUUAAAGUAUUAGUAAUAUUAAUAUCAUCAGAUUCUAUAACUGGCAGUUGUGCUAAAAAUUAAUUGAAUACUUAUCAUAGAGGGAAACUUGGACACGUGUAUUGAUGUAGCAUCGCACAUCAUGAUCGUCAUAUUUAUUCAAAACAUUAUAACGACAAAUCUUAAUAAGCAUAAUGAACGAUUCGUACUCUAAAUAAAUAAUUGUAAAUAAAAUAAUAUUUAAUGAUUGAAAUAUUGUUUUAAUUUUAUGAUUUAUUGGAUAAAUUUAAUAUUACUUUUAUUUAUAUGCGAAAUUUACUAACUACAUUUUUAAGUAUUUUUUUUAUUUAUAUAAAUUAAUUAAGAACACUUAUAAUUACUAUACGGAACUAAUCGUCGUAUUAUAAUUGCCAUCUUAAUUUGCAAUUAAAUGAGACUUAUUCAGGCAGGUCAUUAUGUAAAAUAUGUAAAUAAAUUAGACUAGAUUUUUUUAUGAUUCGCUUAACUGUAUUCAGUUAUUAAACGGUAAUCUAUAAAAUCACUAACCAUUUAUUUAUAUUGAAUCCAUCUAUCGUAUACACAAAUUGUAAACAUUUAACAAUGAUUCAUAUGUUUUUAUCAGAAUUUAUUUCUUGUUUAUAUAAAACGAAUUUGACAAUUGUUAGUAAGAGUUGUAUGUAUUAUACAUUAAAACAUGUCUAUCUAAUGUUAUGUAUAGGAAAAUAUUAAUAAACUAGCCUAGAUCAAAUUUAGGUUAACAUAUCGUUCAUUCUUUUUUAUAAAACGCUAAUGCGAGAUGCUCUUUUAAUAAAUGCUAAGUUGUCUUUUCUACUUUUCGUCUAGCGUAAUUGUAAUGUAUUAUACCUUAAUACUAAUAAAAUAAAACAAUGACAAUAUUAAAUAUAUAUCAAAGUGGCAUUUAGACUUACGUUUUCGUGUUAGUAAUGCUUCGUGAUCGAACGAAACAUAUCCAGAUCACUUUAGAUACCUACUAUUUUAGGUCGACCCACCUUCAGCUGUUUCGGAAUAGAAGUAAAUAUAAUAUGACGUCACAGCAAGUUCAUUGCUUAUUAACUAUGCUUCAUGUUGAAUAGAUAAAAAUGCUAGACAUCACACGUAAAGUCUGCUGCGCUGUAUAAAAAAUUCAUUCCGAAUCAGCGAGAGGUAGGGUUCAGAGCAAUAAAUCUACCUACCUUUAGGUACAAUAUCGUAUCACUGGUUCUAACAUAUCUUCCAGUCCAAUUUGUUACGCAAUGUGUGUUUUGAUGUAACUAUCUUAGUUUAAUGAAUACAAAUGAUAAAUUAAAGAGACUGCAA